AUGCUCGAAUCCAACUUAAAUCAUACUUUACACAAUUCCACCGAUACAUCCGAUCUCACCGUCCAGGAUUUCGAAAUCGUCCAAUCAAAGACCAACGAUCUCGUCUCGAUUCAAUAUUUCUGUAAUAAAUCCGGUGAGCCUGUCUACUUCCCCGAUCGUACUCUGGCAACUCUGUUCCAAGUGAAUCUCUCUACAUUGCGUGGUCGUUUCAAUCGUCUCACCAAAAAGUAUGUUGGUUACCGUCUGCUCAUCAGCGAAAAGUCAAAGUCACGUAUGACUUCGCUUCACUUUAUAAAUUGGGACAACGCUGGACAACAACUGGCAAGUGCCGCCGCUGCCGUCUCCUCGGCCACCGGUGGUAACCACUCACCGAUCAUCGCCAGUGACUCAACCAGCUCGUCCUCGCUUGGAAGCAGCGGAAACCGAGUUCCUGCUGCCGCCGCUCCUGGAACACCGGUUGCCUCACAACAGCUGGACGACGACCUCUCCAACAACUACUCGACAUCGCUCCACGGACUGGUUGCACUCAACCACAUCACCCUUGUAAAUUAUGCAUUAUCCGAGUGGAUCGCUCACAACCACGAGCGUCUCGGUACUUCACUGCGUGAGAUCGAAGCAAACUUGAGUCGUGCACAACUGACAUACACACGUCAAGGUGAUGUCAUUGUACUCCAACAACGAAAAUACCAACCUGGAUGCAAUCCAUCGAUCGCCAACUCCUCAUCCAGUUCCACAUACUCACCGAAACUGUCGGCACUGUCAUUCUUGGCUUCGUCAUCUUCAGCGUCGUCAUCACACGCCGCAUCUUCCUUCAACAACAGCAGUGCUCCUGUCACACCAAGAACCACUACUAACGCCAACACCACCAAUACAACUACCAUCAACCUCAACAAUCCAAUUCUAUUCAAUGGACAACAAAUCAAUCCAACCUCACCAGACUCCUCCUGCAAUACCUAUUCACUUGCUUCGUUCAUCAGUGACAUUGCUUCACAACAUCAUCAUCACCAACAACAACAACCAACACCCUCACAGUUGUUCACUAAAUAUCAAAUGGUAACACCAAACCCCAACUCUGCUGCAUCACCUUCGUUGACAUCGACUUUCCGUACAUUAUCUCCCCCAUUCCCCAAUUCGACAACCUUGAUGUACGACCGUCAUUUCUAUGAAACCGUCUCGCCAAGUCCAUCGUUCGGAAGCACAGUUGUUUCGCCAAGCGGUACACCAACCAAUGGCAAUCCAAUUCAUCACCAACAACACCACAAUAAUCACCAUCACCUCCUCCACAACCAAAAUGUCGACAUCGCAUCGCUUCUCUCACCAAAUUCCUCCAAGAAAAGAACAAGUCUCGACUAUACUUCAAUCAACAACAACAAUCCAGCCAACAAUGGAUAUUCAUUCUCCUCGGAUGGCAGUGACAGUGAAGUUUCUUCGCCAUCGAUGCCACUGAAGCGUGCCAAGCAAGAUAGUCCAAACCAUAACUUUAACUCCAACAACAACAACGCAAGCCAUAACACUGUUAUCAAAUGUAAACUAUACGACCAAGAAUCCUACAAGAAAGUCGACAUCUCACUCUACAAUGGAUUCAUUCCACUGCGUGAAACCCUCUCUGCAAUGUUUUCAAUUGGUCACUCCUUUGUCAUCUGCUAUCAAGAUUCCGAGAACGACAUCAUCGAAAUCAACGACCAAGAGGACGACUGGUUCGACUUUUAUAGUAUUCCAGUAUGGAAACCAGCUUCUUCUUGUACAGAAAAUCAGCCAUGCUAUUUUGACGAAAUUUCGAAUUGGGAGAAUAAUUUGGCGCCGUGGUUGGACACCAAUUCAGAUGCACAGAUGGGAUCGACAGCACAACAACAAUAUAUUAUUAUAAAUCAAACAUUACAGCUUGGCGGUAUCAACAUUGGAGGACCUGUCAAUUUAGUUAUCAAUGGACAAGUUUCAUUCUCUAGACUAGCUCAAUUGAAUCAAGUCAGAAUAACUGCCAUUCCCGACCCGAACAAUCCUCUGUUUUUCAAUGGUGGUGUCAGUGCGACAGCAUCGACAAUCAUAGCAACUUCUAUCUCACUAGCUGGAACAUCAACUAUAUCAACAUUAUCGGGUUCAUUUGUUGUUGUUCUGGGUAACCUAACAGUGACCAACACACUCUUGGUCACCGAUAUUCUUAAUCUCUACCCACAAUCCAAUCUUGGCUUACAAUGCCAAUAUGUAAAUAUUUCAAAUAUAGAUCAAGCCGACCAAUCUAUAUUAUCAAUCCAAACACCAAAUCUAAGUGUUGGUGUCAUCAACUCCUUUGGCCAAGUAAGCAUAACCGAUUCUCCCAAUGUAGUGGUAGCCAAUUCAUCACACCUUUCCACGCUUGUAAUGAGUGGAAAUACACAGAUUAAUUUCACUGAUUCCGAAAUCCUUGAUAUCAGAACCAGUGGUUCCCAGCCAAUUACAUUAACACUCGUUGGAAUGUCAUCGAUUGGAUCUCUUUCGUCAUCGCCAUUGGAGAAUAUCCAUAUAUUUGUAACCGCCGAUUCAGUGUUACAAAUGAGCUCAGGUGUAUCUCUAUCCACCAACACCUCCAGUAUUACAAUGGACGGAGCAACAGCAUACCUCAACAAACUAUCAUCGAAAUCAAUUCAUUUAAACAACCAAGCUAGUUUAGUUCCCCAGGGUAAUCAAUUGAUUGGUGAUCUCGUUAUAGACGGUGACUCGAAAUUCGUAAACAUUCUACAAAACGAUACUUACAACGUCGAUGGAUCGAUCUUUGUCAACAAAGGAAUGUUGUUGGCAUACGCUGGCACAAUGGUUGGUAAAUCAAUAACCGUAGGUAAUGGUACCUUCAAUUUGAACUUGAAUGGUUUGAUUAGUGUUGGAGAUUCGCUGAAUUUGACAUCCGAGUCGACUCUGCUCAUCCAACAGCAACAAAACACCACCGACAUAACCGAACCUUAUAUCUUUGCCGAAACAGUGAUUCUCGACGGUUCAGUUCAAUUUGAAUUCGCUAGCCAAUUGAACGCCGACCAAGAGUAUUGCAUCAUCCAAGCAAAGGUAGCUUCACUCGGCAAGAAUCUCAAACUCUCUAUCGCUUCACCUCAGAACCCUACUUUUGCACCUGAGGACUACAGUAGCUUCAAGCUCAGUGUUGUCAAAUCAAAAACAGACUCAUCCUACAAAGAUUGUGUUAUGCUCACCACAAAGUCACAAAGCGAUAACAAUGAUGACGGUGGACUAAGUGCUUGGAAGAUUGCAGUGAUAGUUGUUGGUGGUGUUUUAUUUGUUGCUCUUUUAACAGGUUUAAUUAUUUUCAUUUACAAAAAAAGAAAAAUAUCAAAAUAA